GUCCUGAUCGAGCUCCGCAGCAGCAAAACAACCCACACAUCCCCCCCUCCCUCCCCAUCGCACACGCCCUCAAUAUGCUGCGGCAACAAUUGAUCCGGUCGCUGAGGAGGCCUGCUAAGCUCGCAGGCCUCAAUGGCAGCCGGGCCUUUACUGCCUCUGCCAACAGGCCAGCAGAGGUAGAAAUCACAGUUGAUGGAAAGAAAGUAUCAAUCGAGGCCGGCUCUGCCCUCAUCCAAGCGUGCGAAAAAGCCGGAUCCACCGUCCCCCGAUACUGCUACCACGAGAAGUUGAUGAUUGCUGGAAACUGCCGUAUGUGUCUGGUCGAGGUGGAGCGGGCUCCCAAACCUGUGGCAUCCUGCGCGUGGCCGGUACAACCUGGAAUGGUCGUCAAGACCGACUCACCACUAGUACACAAGGCGCGAGAGGGUGUCAUGGAGUUCCUGCUCGCCAACCAUCCUCUGGACUGCCCCAUCUGCGACCAGGGAGGCGAGUGCGAUCUCCAGGACCAGUCGAUGCGGUACGGUGCCGACCGAGGACGUUUCCACGAGAUUGGCGGCAAGCGUGCCGUCGAGGACAAGAACAUUGGACCGCUCGUUAAGACUUCCAUGAACAGGUGUAUUCACUGCACCCGUUGCGUGCGUUUCGCCAACGAUGUUGCCGGUGCUCCUGAGCUCGGCUCAACGGGACGUGGCAACGACCUCCAGAUUGGUACUUACCUCGAGACCGCCCUCGACUCCGAAAUGUCUGGAAACGUCAUCGAUCUCUGCCCCGUCGGUGCCCUGACCUCCAAGCCCUACGCAUUCAAGGCUCGUCCCUGGGAACUCUACCAUACCGAGACUGUCGACGUCCUCGAUGGUCUGGGCUCGAAUAUCCGUGUCGACUCCCGUGGUAUCCAGGUCAUGCGAAUUCUCCCCCGAUUGAACGACGACAUCAACGAGGAAUGGAUCAACGACAAGUCCCGUUUCGCCUGCGACGCUCUGAGCACACAGCGAUUGGUCAACCCGCUCGUGAGGGAGGACGACCAGUUCAAGCCCGCCACUUGGGAACAGGCACUCGUCGAGAUCGGCAACGCUUACAAGAGGAUAUCACCAAAGGGCAAUGAAUUCAAGGUUGUUGCCGGCCAAUUGGUUGAGACUGAGACUCUUGUCGCUAUGAAGGACCUCGCCAACAAACUCGGAUCUGACAACCUUGCUCUGGACCAGGCCAAUGGCAGCCAACCCGUUGCUCACGGUGUUGAUGUUCGCUCCAACUACGCUUUCAACUCUAAGAUCUACGGUGUCGAGGAGGCUGACGCUAUCCUCCUCGUUGGUACCAACCCCCGCCACGAAGCUGCCGUUCUCAACGCCCGCAUCAGGAAGCAGUGGCUCAGGUCUGAUCUCGAGAUUGGCAUCAUUGGUGAGGAUUUCGAGAGCACUUUCGAGUACGAGAAGCUUGGUACCUCUGCCGCGGACCUCAAGACGGCCCUCUCUGGAGCUUUCGGAAAGAAGCUACAGGCAGCCAAGAGGCCUAUGAUCAUCAUUGGUAGCGGUGUCACCGAGCACGCUGAUGCCAAAUCCGUCUACGAGCAGGUUGGUGCUUUCGUCGAGAAGAGCAAGGCCAACUUCCAGACCCCCGAGUGGAACGGCUACAACGUCCUUCAGCGCGCUGCAUCGCGAACUGGAGCCUACGAUGUCGGUUUCACCGUCCCAUCUCCUGAGGUCGCCAACACACAAGCCAAGUUCGUCUGGUUGCUCGGCGCCGACGAGGUCAACGAGGCAGACAUCCCCAAGGAUGCAUUCGUCGUCUACCAGGGCCAUCACGGAGACCGUGGCGCCCAAUUGGCCGACGUUGUUCUCCCUGGUGCCGCCUACACUGAGAAGUCCGGAACAUACGUCAACACCGAGGGCCGUGUACAGAUGAGCCGAAGCGCGGUUGGCCUUCCCGGCGCCUCGCGCGACGACUGGAAGAUCGUCCGAGCUGCUUCAGAAUACCUCGGUGCCGAGCUCCCUUACGACGACAUCGAGGCGCUCCGCGACCGCAUGGAGGAGAUCGCCCCCGGUCUCAGGCGAUACGACGCCGUCGAGCCCGUCGCCCUGCCUGCCCUCAGCAAGGUCCAGCUCGUCGACCAGAACAAGGGCGCGCAAGCCAGCAACCAAUCCCUCAAGUACCCCAUCGAAAACUUCUACCUCACAGACGUCAUCUCAAGAAAUUCCCCAACAAUGGCCCGCUGCUCAGCCGCAAAGGCAUCCAAGAACCCGCUUACAAACUUCGACGCCCCAGGCGAGCCCCAACCACAAGUCGGCUACGGCACACAGAGCCAGAGCGCCCUCGCUUCAGCAUAAAGAUCUUUUCUUUCUCUAAACCGCGGAAGGAAAAAUUGGUGGAAGGGGGCUCCUAAUAGGUCCCGUUUGCUUGUAAAUUCUAGAGAUGAUGCGGACGGGGCAGUAAGUGGGAAUGAUGCCCCUCUAAGAAUAGAGCGAGAUAUGAAAGCAUGGAAAGGGAGGCGAAGGAAAGGCAGAGGAGAGGAAGAAGAGCAUGAAAUUCAAACCGUCCCUGUACUGUACAUAGGCACACACCGUUAUUGGGUUAAGACACACUUUUUUUUGAACAACAAUGAUCAUUUCCAAC